GAUCUCCGUAUCGUGUGGGGUGGCAAAAGUUGAUGUAGAUGAUAACAUUCCGGUCUUGGCCGUACUUUGGGAAGGGCAAAAAGAUUCAGAAUGACAACCGUAGGAAGGAAGAAUGAGGAUGGGAUGAUGGACAUCGGGAAGCAUUGCACCAUCUGCAGGCAGCUCGAUUUCCUCCCCUUUGUUUGCCCCAAAUGUGAGAAGUCGUAUUGCAACAACCACAGAAUGGACUUCAACAAACACCAGUGUGUGAUUGACGAACAGAAGGCGAAGCUCGCCGCGUUGGAGAGGGCGAAGGUGGACGUGUCGAAGCUGCCGAAGUCCGCCGACGUUUUCCCCGAUCUAGACAAGAUCCGGAGAGAUGCAGAGAUCAAACACAAGGAAGAACGAAAUAAAAAGAUUGGACAGAGGUUGACGGAUGUGAAGGACUCGAAUAACAAGCCACUGACAAGCAUCGAGGUGGCAAUGUUGAGGUUGAAAAAGCUCUUGGGGAACUCAGCAAAGUCGAAGAAGAGCAGCAGCACGAAGCCGUCGUCUGGUUCGUCUUUAUUAAGAGGCUUCGUUGGAGGAAGCAGUAAGCCGGACUCGACCACAUCUAGAAUGGUGGAGAUGAACAAACUCAAGAGGUCUGCGAAGGGAGACAACCGGAUCAACGCGAGCGACCGCGUCUAUGUGUGGGUCAUAUACACGUCGGACGAUGAUACGACGUUUGAGGUUAAAUCCGGCCAGUUUUUCUCAAAGAAAUGGCCUAUUGGUAAGAUGUUGGACAGCAGCGCCGAGAUCUCGAAGAUCAAGAACGUGAACAACCGGGAAGUCGACGAGUCUUUGAGACUGGCUAUGUUCCGCAAAGUGAGAAGUGGUGAGAAGGAUGCUGCAAGUGAGUUCGUCUAUAUACCAACAAGCGGGAGGGUCGAGAAGGAAAUCAGAGACGGAGAUGAGGUCUAUAUUCUCCGUGGAAAACGAUAGUGUUAAUGUGUUAUUAUUACUGUACUACUAUGUAGCCAUAAAUAGAAAAAAGGUGUUCAAAAUUGUAUGUUACAUAA